UGUGUGUAAGGACCACCAGGCACAAGGCGGAGGACUGCGAAGGAGAGAAGAACUUCACUUACCGCGCAGCAUGUUCGAGGAGCAGGCCACCAAGGUGAAGAUCACGUCGCUGGUCCUGGUGGUGGGCAUGUCGUCCAUGGUGGCCGCCGUGGUCACCGACCACUGGGCGGUGCUGAGCCCCCGCGUGGAGAAGCUCAACGCCACCUGCGAGGCGGCCCACUUCGGCCUCUGGAGGCUCUGCAAAAAAAGCAUCUUCAUGGUGGAGGAGGACCCCCAGGGCAAAGGCUGCGGACCCAUCAGCUUACCCGGAGCAAAAAACUGCUCCUACUUCAAACAUUUCACGUCGGGAGAAGAAGCGGAAGUUUUCGAAGUCAAGACCCAGAAGGAGUACAACAUCUCUGCGGCGGCCAUCGCCGUUUUCAGCCUGCUCUUCAUGUUCUUGGGGACCCUCUGUGUCAUCUUCUCCUUCGGGAAGGGGCGGGACUACCUGCUGCGGCCUGCUGGGAUGUUCUUUGCCUUCGCAGGUCUCUGCAUCAUCAUCUCUGUGGAGGUUAUGCGGCAGUCUGUCAAGCGUAUGAUUGACAGCGACGAGACCAUCUGGAUCGAGUACUACUACUCCUGGUCCUUCACCUGCGCCUGUGCCGCCUUCACCCUCCUCAUCCUCAGCGGAGUGGCGCUCCUCCUUAUCUCCAUGCCCCACAUGCCCAGAAACCCCUGGGAGACCUGCAUGGACGCGGAGCCUGACACCUUAGAUUAGCGUCACAGCUGCACAACCGGGCUCCCAGCAUCGAAAUUGCAUGAUUUCAUGUGCUCUC